AUGGACCCUUCUAAACAGUCAGCCGGGUUGGUUCAUCACGCUGCAGUGGAUCACGGGUAUCAGGAGCUUCAGGAUCUCCUCACACAGUUUUGGGUACAGGAAGAAGUCUCGGGCUCGGGCGAAUCGCACCUCACUCCUGACGAGCAGGAAUGUGAGACUCAUUUCUUGACGACACACAAACGGGACUCAGACGGGCGGUACGUCGUCAGAUUGCCGGUUAAAUCCGCAUCGGGGACAUUGGGCGGGUCUUUUCACACAGCUUCUUCCUGUCUCCAUCGACUACAAUGCAAACUCAAUCGGGAUUCAAGCUACAAGGGCCUCUACGACACGUUUCUCGGGGAAUACGAAUCAUUGGGGCACAUGACUCGAGUCUCGGGCAAUCACGCCCCUCUCGGGCCUAUUUACUACUUGCCGCACCACGGGGUGCUCACCACAAAGUUACGUGUUGUAUUCAACGGGUCGUGCAAUACAGAUUCGGGAAUUUCGCUUAACGACAUUCUGCACACGGGCGCGACACUGCAGCGGGAUAUUUCGGACGUUCUCUUUGAUUGGGACUUACAACGCAUCUUAUGGGUGGACGAGGGCGGGCGGGUCGUUCCAUUCCAUCUCACCACGGUCACUUACGGUACUCGGUCAGCACCAUUUCUCGCGGGACGGGCCCUGGAUCAAUUGGUUACAGACGAGGGCGGGAAAUAUCCCGAAGCUGUCGCCCCUCUUACAAAGGGGCGAUAUGUGGACGAUAUUUACGGCGGUGCUGACCAGCUCGCAGAUCUCAUCACGCAAGCGGAGCAACUCAUCGGGAUUUGUACAGCGGGCUGCUUUCCUCUGGCCAAGUGGCAGAGCAAUCAUCCGGAGCUUCUCACGGCGGUCGGAGCGACCUCAUCAACGGAAAACGCUCGGGUAUUUGAAGAAUGGGAGACAAAAGUCCUUGGUCUCGCGUGGCUUCCUCACACGGACGUGUUCAAAUUCACGGUUCACAAGUACACAACCGGGGACGGAAUCACGAAACGCAUCAUUAUCUCGGAGAUCGCACAAUUAUACGAUCCAUUGGGUUUUCUCUCACCGGUAACGAUUCGGGCCAAAGUUCUCUUACAAAGGCUUUGGUUAGAAAAGUUAAAUUGGGAUGACCUCGUGUCAACGGAAGUUCGCAACUCCUGGGUCGCGUUUCGGCAGGAACUAUCGCAUAUCGGGACGGUUUCGGUACCGCGGUGGCUCAACAUCGCGACGGGUACAUCGGUCGAACUACACGGGUUUUCGGAUGCAUCUCAACUAGCAAUGGGCGCAGCUGUGUACGUUCGGGUUUCGGGCGCGGGUAAUCAAACAACGGUCUCACUAGUCUGCGCUAAGACUAAGGUCGCACCGAUCAAACGGCUCACAAUUCCUCGGUUGGAGCUCGCAGCAGCGGUGCUGCUUGCUAAACUCACACACCACGUGCAAAACAUGCUGGGCCUUGAUGACUCACGGGUAUACCUAUGGACGGACUCAAUGGUAACGCUCACUUGGGUCACUUCUCAUCCUUCACGGUGGAAGGAUUUUGUUCGGAAUCGGGUAUCACUGGCACAGGAGCUCGUGCCACGGGCCCAAUGGAGAUUCACACCGGGUCGGGACAAUCCAGCGGAUUGCGCAUCACGGGGGCUAACCAUCUCACAACUCGCGCGACAUUCAUCAUGGUGGGACGGGCCUCACUGGUUAGCAAAAGACUCAUUCCAUUGGCCAACUCAACGCAUCGGGACGGGGGACGCAGCGGCGCUCGAAGAGCGGCCAGGUCUCACACUCUCACUCGCAACAUCACCCUCACCGGUUUACGAUCUCAUCUUGAAAUACUCAUCUCUCACACGGUUGUUGCGAAUCACCUCAUGGCUCUUCAAGGUGAUUACAAACGUGAAAAGAGCGGGCGACGGUACAUCGGGUUCAGCCAACAUCACACCAGGAGACCUGGAGAACUCACGGCUUUAUUGGGUGAAAGCCAUUCAGGGAGCAUACUUCACUUCAGAGCUUAAAACACUCACAUCGGGCUACACUCUCCCGAAAUCGCAUCCGAUCACGCGAUUAACGGGCUUCAUAGAUCAUCAAGGCAUUCUCAGGGUGGGAGGACGGCGGAAGCACUCAGCCUUACAACCUGAUUGCAAGCACUCAGUCAUUCUCCCUCGGGACUCACCACUUACGGCACUUCUCAUCGCUGAUGCCCACGAGCGCACUCUCCACGGCGGGACUCAACUCACUCUGGCUUAUCUACGGCAGAGCUGCUGGAUCAUCGGCGGGCGUGGGCCAGUACGCUCAUACAUUUUGCGUUGCGUGCGGUGCGUGCGCUUCCGGGCGCUCAAGGCACAGCAACUAAUGGGUCAGUUGCCAAUCUCACGGGUUACGCCGGCAAGGCCGUUUCUCUUCUCGGGGGUCGACUACGCGGGGCCAGUUUCACUCAAAAGCUGGCGCGGGCGUGGGAGCAAAUGUCACAAAGGCUGA